CACUGAUAUGUGUAGGUAUAAAAGUUAGUGCAGAACACAGGCGAGGCACUGGGACGUGAAUCGCUAUCCAGACCACCAUGUUCUUGCUCAUCAGUUGUUUUGCCCUUGUGGCCUCUGCACUGGGGUGCGGAAAUCCUUCCAUUAAGCCCCAAGUGAGUGGAUACAACAAGAUUGUAAAUGGAGAGACUGCUGUGUCUGGCUCCUGGCCCUGGCAGGUUUCCCUUCAGGAUGGAAGCGGAUUCCACUUCUGUGGAGGAUCUUUGAUCAACCAGUACUGGGUUGUUACUGCUGCUCACUGCCGUGUGUCUCCUAGAAACCAUCGUGUCAUCCUGGGAGAACAUGACCGUCAGUCAGGUGUUGAGCCCAUCCAGGUCAAGACGAUUUCCAGGGCCAUCAGUCACCCUUACUACAACUCCAACAACUUCAACAAUGACAUCACCCUCCUGAAGCUCUCCUCCCCAGUGCAGAUUAAUUCUCGUGUGUCCCCUGUGUGCCUGGCCUCCUCCAGCACCAACGUCCCAUCUGGAACCAAGUGUGUCACCACUGGAUGGGGCAGGACCGGUCAGACCUCAAGCCCCCGUUACCUCCAGCAGACAUCCCUGCCUCUGCUGACCCCUACUCAGUGCAAGCAGUACUGGGGUUACAACAGAAUCACUGAUGCCAUGAUCUGCGCCGGUGCCUCCGGUGUGUCCUCUUGUCAGGGUGACUCUGGUGGUCCUCUGGUUUGUGAGAGCAGUGGAGUGUGGUCCCUUGUGGGUAUUGUGUCCUGGGGUACUUCCAACUGUAAUGUGCGCACUCCCGCAGUGUACGCCCGAGUGUCCUACCUGCGCAGAUGGGUCGACCAGAUUGUUGCCUCCAACUAGACAUCACUUAGCGCUUGUGCUCUUCACUGUAGCCCUGUUGCAAACACUGAUUUCAGAUAAAGUGUGGACACAAAACUCAAGCCUGUUGGUGUAACAAUAAAACAAAUACAGUUUCUCUCUGAA